UGUGCAAAAACAAUAUUCCAGCACGCUUUCAUCUUUUGUCCUUGAGAUAUACAUAUUUUUGCAAGCGCAUGCUUUAUUAUAGCAUCUGGAUGCUGGUGUGCGGACGGUGUUACUCAUUUGUGAUUGAUGCAUCAAUAAGAUGUUCGGAUUAGAUUGCAUGCUUCCCUAAUUUCCUCCCUCUCCUCCCCAGCUGGACUGCUGCUGCUGCUGCUGCUGUGAGCUGCUGUGAGCUGCUCUUGCUGCAUGCAUACUCAUGUUUCUGGCCCCUAAUUGCCUUUGUGGAAAACACAGCCGUUGCAGCAGUUAUUGGAAAAAGCAGCGAGUAAAUGGUUGAAAACAACUCGGGAUGCAGCAGGCAGGCGCCCCCAUCCCCCCCCUCGAAUCCCCACAUCUCAUCUUUGUGCAACAACAGGAAAUAUAUGUGUCAUUAUUUAAUUAUUAUUAUUAUUAGCAUUAGCAUUUUUAGGUUCUGCGCUUUGGUGACACGCGGCUUCUUCCAAUGUACCCACAAUCAUUGUGCAUCCUUUUUUUUUUUAAUGGUGCCGUCCCUCGAUAAUCAUCUGACAUCAAAGGAUGAAAUCGUACGUCCCAAAUUUGCAGCGACGGCACAGCGGCUGCUUUGCUCCAGUUCCAUGCGAAUUCACACACUAUUGGGAUAAAUAAUAAAACACUCUUUUGAAUACAAAUUUCUGAAAGCUUAAUCGCCAUAAAUGCCAAUUAGUGUUGAAUUUGAGGGACUUUUGAUUUGGAUUCCUCAGGCGGUUUCAGGUUUCCGUCUCCGUAGUUAGUAAAGGUUUGAAAACAUGUGACGCCGACUGCACAAGUUUCCCAGCACUCCAACUCUCAGGGAGAGUACGAGGAAGAGUUCAGGACGAUGGGAAUUGAUCGCGGCUCUUUCCAUUCAUCCCCCAGCUGUUCCUGUGACACUUCAGGAUUAAGCAUGUGACACGCUCUCCCGAGCCAGGAGAGAACGGUUCCCUGGAGGAGAUGGAGGAGGACAUCGGCCUGAAGAAGCGUAAAGGGGAUCAUCAUGGGGACAAAGGAGUGCAGGCCGGGCAGGAGACUGGGGAAAAGGUCAAGAGGAAGCGAGGACGCCCACCUGCUGAGAAGCUGCCUCCAAACCCACCGGAGCUCACCAGGAAACUAAGCACGCUGGUCGACAUGGUUACCAACUACAAGGACGGUUUUGGUCGACAGAUCAGCAAAGGCUUUGUGCAGCUUCCCUCUAAGAAGGAGGUACCCGAGUACUACGAGCUGAUCCGAAAGCCUGUCGACUUCAGAAGGAUCAGGGAACGUGUACGUAAUCACAAGUACAGAAACGUGGGGGAUUUGGAGAAGGAUAUCUUCCUCCUGUGUCACAAUGCUCAGACAUAUAAUCUGGAGGGAUCUCAGAUCUAUGAGGAUUCGAUUGUGAUUAAGUCUGUUUUCGAGAGCGCGAGACAGCGAAUCGUCACGGACGAGGAACAGAAAGAGGCGGUUGGCGCCACUCGCAGCGAUAAUGGCGGCGGAGCCGAAGACCAAUUUGUUCCAUCAACAGUGAAACCAUCACCAGUACAGCUAAAAAAGGGAAAUAAGGAGGGAAGAAGCAGAAGCACCAUGGUCAAGAGGCUCCACAGUGAUUUGGACAGUGAUGUGGAUCUAGAGGACAACACCCAAAAAGACCAAGGUUGAGACGAAGGUCCCGCGUUUUUUUUUCCUGUUGGGUUUUCUGGUUCGUGUCUAUUCUCUAGCAUUCCCCUUUGCAUUGGUUUCUCCAUUUUCUAAGCAAAAUAACGGAAAACAAGACUGGAAGGACCCCUCAAAGGGAGCCACUCGUGGAACAAUACGUCCUUUUUUACGUGACUCAUUUCACUGAAUACGCUUCUUGCUGCACACGGUGCUGCUCUUUUUCAUUUAGCUGGUCUUUUAUUAAUAUUAUUAUAUUUUAUCUGCCCUAGUCUUUGUGGUUGUGUCUGCAGAUAUGAUGUAAAACACCAGUUUUCUCUGACUGUUUUUAACCAAUGUAUUUGAUUGUAUAAACAAGCCUUCAUCGGUCUUGGAUGAUCAUUUGUAAAUCUCUCCUGAAGCUGUUGACGUGUUCAGGAAUCGAAGCACACUGGAAGGUGCUUUUCAAACAGACGGGGAACAAAUGAGCACUGUAAAAUCUCUGAAUGGGACUUUAGAGACGAUUCUUCUUUGAUAAACACCUUAGUGGAAGUUUGACUCGACAGAUACCAGUAAUUAUACUUUUGUGUCUGUUUCUGGAUGGAAUACGUUUUGGUCUUAACAAGGGUACCGCAGUUGAACAUGUGCAUCCCUUGUGCUACUGUAGAUCCACAUAUUGUACAGUUUGUGUCAAAAACUAAUUAAAAACAUAAAAAUACAUU